CGCAGCAUCUCGAUGCAGAUCCCGCCCCUUGCCAGCAUUGACCGACAAAUCUCGUGCCCUGUCACGACGACUACCACCACAGAACUCAAGCCGCUCUCCAAGAAGCGCAAAAUGACCAUGGAUGACAUUACGAGUACGCUCGAGUCGCCGCCGUUCAAGAAGGAGCGUCGUGACGUCCCAUCGACCCCGACGCCGGCGCCGCUGGCGCCCCCGACCAAGCCUUCUUCUUCGCGUGCCAAUGCACGGCAACCGUCGACGAUUGCGCGCCUUAAGACGGGCAAGGACGUCUGCGUUGUGCUCACGGCCGCGGGGGUUGUCGACUGGACGGCCACGUACUAUAUGUACGGCUUUGACAAGAACUCGGUGUUUUACUCGCUCAUGCCGCUCCGGAAGCUCCACGAGCCGUGGUCCAUUGCUGAGACCCGCUACUGCGUCGAGCUCGUCCGACUCUUGCAGGCUGGGCACAUGCGGGUGCCCCAAGGGCGCAUGAUGGACACAUACAUUGCUGAGAAGCUUCACUGCGACGGCCUCCGCGUCUCCAAGAAGCUGCGUGCGAUCAAGAAGCGGGACCACGCGGCCAUGGGCAAGUUUGUGGGCAUGUCGCCGACCCAAGUCAAUAUUCUGAAAGACUGCAAAGUGGACUUUCUCAAGGGUCUGCAGCCCGAGAUUGACGCGAUCAUGGAGAAGGAGCAUCUCGACCAGAGCUGGGUCGUUACGGUCAAGCACCCCGUGCACGCGCAGCAGCACCAUGCGUCACCGUCGUCGUCGUCAACCUAA